AUGUCCCGCGUUCGGCGCCGAGACGCGACGCGCUCAGCCCUCCGCCAUUUGGCUGCGCCGGGGCGGGCGGGGCGCGAGACGCGCUUCGAGGCCGCGGACGCGCGCGCGGGGGCUGGAGAGGUGCGGCGCGGAGCGGCGGUGCGGGGCCGCGUCCCCCGCACCCCCCCUGCUCACCUGCCGGCGGGGCUGGAGCGCAUGGCAGGCCGGAGGCUGCUCUUCAAGUGCGAGCUGUUCCAGAGGACCGGCUCCUUCAAGAUCCGCGGCGCCCUGAACGCCGUGAGGAGCCUCGUGGAGGAAAGCGAGCGCACAGGAGGGGAGCUGCCCCGCGCCGUCGUGACACACAGCAGUGGGAACCACGGGCAGGCGCUUGCCUGUGCUGCCCAGGCAGAAGGGAUCCCUGCCUACAUCGUGGUGCCCCGGACAGCCCCGCAGUGUAAGCAAGCUGCCAUCCGUGCCUACGGUGCCACGUUGGUGCCAUGUGAGCCCAGCGAUGAGUCCAGAGCAGAAACAGCAGCCCGUGUAGUGCAGGAGACAGGAGGAGUCAUGGUGCACCCCAACCAGGAGCCAGCAGUGAUCGCAGGGCAAGGCACAAUAGGCCUGGAGGUGCUGGAGCAGGCACCUGAAGUAAAUGCAGUGGUGGUUCCUGUCGGAGGUGGAGGAAUGGUUGCAGGAAUAGCAGUUGCCAUCAAGGCUUUGAGACCAGAUGUGAAGGUGUUUGCUGCUGAGCCAAGCAACGUGGAUGACUGUUACCAGUCCAAGGUAAGAGGGGAGCUGACCCCCAACGUCCACCCGCGGGAUACCAUCGCAGAUGCCGUUAAAACCAGCAUCGGACCAAACACGUGGCCCAUCAUCAGGGAUUUGGUUGAUGAUGUCCUGACAGUCUCAGAGGAAGAAAUCAAGCGAGCCACGCAGCUGGUGUGGGAAAGGAUGAAGCUGCUGAUUGAGCCAACAGCAGGAGUAGGACUGGCGGCUGUGCUUUCGGAGAAGUUCCAGGCAGUCCCCCAGGACGUGGAGAAUGUUUGCGUCGUGCUGUGCGGGGGAAACGUGGACCUGAGAUCCCUGACCUGGCUCACAGACCUCUCUGGGAAAGCAGAAUGAGUACAGAGCAGUGUCUCAAGCAGUGGAAUCCUCACUCUGAAUUUGUACAGUGGCUUGCAUGCUACUAAAAACAAAUGAACAACCCUGAA